UUCUGAAACAAUGAAAGCUUCCAUCUCCACCCUUUCGAUAUUAGUUUUGUUAUCAAUUUCAUUGGUUACAUCUGACGAUUCAGUUGAUUUCAAUAGUUUUCUUCGAUGUCUUCCUACACAUUCCGAUCAUUCUUUUCCGAUUACAGAUGCCAUAUUAACGCCCAACAAUUCAUCUUUCGAAACUAUAUACCAGCUACGUGCUAAUAACCUUCGAAUAGUCUUGUCUACAACCUCGAGACCUGCGGCCAUUAUAACCGCCCUGCAUCCAUCCCAUGCUCAAGCCACCGUCGUUUGCGCCAAGCGUCAUGGUUAUCAAGUAAGGAUUCGGAGUGGCGGCCAUGAUUUUGAGGGACUUUCUUACACUUCCGAAGUUCCAUUUGUCAUUCUUGAUAUGUUCAAUCUCCAGUCUAUCGAUGUUGAUAUGGCGAGUGAGACGGCGUGGGUUCAGGCCGGGGCCACAACCGGUGAACUUUAUUACAGAAUAGCCGAGAAAAGCAAUGUCCAUGGGUUCCCAUCUGGUAUUUGCACCACUCUUGGCAUUGGUGGACACUUUAGUGGAGGUGGCUAUGGGUUCCUUAUGAGAAAAUACGGGCUCUCCAUCGAUAAUGUCAUCGACGUACAGUUGAUCGACGCCAAUGGUAGGAUCCUUAACCGUGAAUCAAUGGGAGAAGAUGUGUUUUGGGCGAUAAGAGGAGGUGGAACAACCAGCUUUGGGAUCAUCCUUUCAUGGAGGGUCAAGCUGGUUCGUGUUCCACCUAGGGUUACAGUAUUCACCGUGCAAAGGACAUUGGAGCAAGGCGCAACGGAGCUCGCUUAUCGUUGGCAACAAGUUGCACCUAGACUGCCCAAAGAUCUCUUUAUUAGUCUACGGUUUGAGCCUAUUAACAAUGGCGGUAACAAUAAAACCGUUAGGGUUUCAUUCAUUGGUCAUUUUCUAGGACAAACUAAUAGGCUUAUGCAAUUGAUGAACACAAGCUUUUCCGAAUUGGGAUUACAACGAAGUGAUUGUUUAGAGAUGAGUUGGGUCGAAUCCAUCGUAUACUGGGCUGAAUUCCCCGAUGGAACCAACAUCGAUGUGUUGCUGGACAGAGUGCAGGUGAACCGAUCAUUUUCCAAGGGAAAGUCGGAUUAUUACAAAGCAGUGAUUCCUAAACAAGGGUUGGAGACGUUAUGGGAGGCAUUGAUGGACAUCGAAGACAUCUUCGUCCAAAUGAACCCUUAUGGCGGGAGAAUGGAAGAGAUUUCAGACACAGAAACUGCUUUUGCGCACCGCGGGGGAAACCUUUUCAUGGUGCUAUAUGAAGUGACAUGGUCCGAGUCAGACGGAGCCAUAGACGCCGCUGCACGAUACGUCGAGUUGUCGAGGAGGUUGUACCGAACAAUGGCACCAUACGCGUCGAGCAACCCAAGAGAAGCAUUCGUCAACUACCGAGACCUCGACAUCGGUAGCAACGAAAGCAACGAGACGGAUUUCGAGGAUGCCAAGGAAUAUGGGGCAAAAUAUUUCGUGAACAAUUUCAUGAGACUGACGAGAGUGAAAACUAAGAUAGACCCUGAGAAUUUCUUCAAAAACGAACAAAGCAUACCGCCAUUGCCAAUGCGACCAGCUCGUUGAAGCGUUGUCUUCUA